CGGCUUAAAGGGAAAGGAGAUAAAAUCAGCGGUCUACCUGAUGUGAUCCUUCAACAUAUCUUCGCCUAUAUUCCAACCAAAUACGCCAUCAGAACUUCUCUCUUGUCAAAACGGUGGAGGCAUGUAUGGUGUGAUACACCUUCCCUCUCCUUCAACAGCUCUAUACUUAACGACGCUUGGAUUAACCAAACCCCAACUGGAUACACCGCUCCCAGGAUGUUGCACUUCCACCUCAAAAGCGACAAGAACCACGAUGUUCCCCACAUCGACAAGUGGCUAGAGCUCGUCAUGUCCAGGCACGUUGAGAAUAUGGUCCUGUCUUUCUUGCUUGUCAAGUAUAGUUUUCCUGACUUCUUCUACGUCGACUCUUCUCUCAAGCAACUCACCUUAAAGUACUGUGAUAUGUCUUCCAAAUGCUCAGUGUCUUGGACAUCUCUCAAGAACCUUUCCUUGACUAGAUGUAGUGUCUCUGAUGAAUCUAUGGCUAAGAUUCUAUCUGGUUGUCCCGUUCUCGAGAGCUUAACAUUGAAUAAUUGCCAUGAACUAAUUUAUCUUGAUCUAAGCAGAUCACUGCGUCUGAGAACAGUAGUAGUAGUAGAGCGGAGCAGUUCGGUUACGGGGCCAAAAGUUAUUGAGGCACCACAUAUCCAUUAUCUCUAUUUGAGAUACGCUCAGUUCCCAUGUACUUUAGUUGAUGUCUCGUCUUUAACCGAAGCUGAUGUCAACUUUUGCGUUAGCACGAACACGAACGGAAAAGAAACAUCUCUUCAAGACAAGGUGAUGAAUAUGCUAGUAAAGCUACGGCAUGUAGAGAAGCUUACUUUUGGAACAAACCUUCUUCAAGUUUUAUCUUUUACCGAGCUUCGUGGUGUUCCUUUUCCGAUGUUCGAGGUCAAAUCAUUGAAACUUAAGACAAGGAUCUUUCAGUAUGUUAUUCUUGGUUUAAAAAGGGUGUUACAGAACUCAUGUGAUUUAAAGAAGCUAACAUUACACACAAACAAUUGCAGCAUCAAACGGGUAAAGCAUCGUGACAACUGUUUGGCAUUGCAAAGCUUCAGUCCGGCUCAGUUGUGUCGGAGAUCAAAAGUAGCGGGCCAUUGGGAUGUAGAGUCAAAGCACUUGGCUAUGUUCGUGGAACUUGUGCUUCAAAACACAGAGACAUUAGACAAGAUGUUCUUAGUAUUGGACGAUCGUUACCGUAAGUUCAGAAAGAUAUUCGAGAACUUUCUCACAACAACAAAGUCUCCAUUGCCUUUUCAGAUCAGAUUAGUGGUGAAUCAUAGGGUUUAGUCUCGAGUCUUGUUGAAUAUUGUUACGUUGAACCUCUUUUAA